AGGUGCAAAAUAUCAGAAUGAUGAUUUUUGAAAAUAGUGCAGAGGAUAAUGACAAUGAGGAUGAUGAUUCUACUAGAUAAUGACAUUAUUGAUUGAGUAGCUGCUAAAUCCAGUCACAGUCAACAAUGACAGAAUGAAGUAGAUUACUCUUAUUAGCCCCAUUUUACAGCAGAAAGAAUUCAGGCACAUAAAGUUUAAGUUACUUUACUUAAGCUUUUCCAAGGCCACACAAGGGCUGAAUCAGAUUUACAAACCAGUGCCUGUGCUCUUAAGCACCGAUUGAUCAGAUCUUUCUUCUUGGCUUUAGGUAUUUCUGGUUUUCUCAGAUGUAGGGAGGAGAAGAGAGAAGGAAAGAGAGGCAAAAGAAGGAAUAAGGGAUAGAAACACAAAGAUAUGUAGUCAGUGAAGAGCAGAGCAGGAAACUAUUAUGAAUAUUUUUACAUCAAAGGUUAUAAAAAUUUCUGGGAGGUUGGUGAUCUGCAAACAAGCCAAAGAUUCUUAAGCCAAAGUGAUUAAAUGUUGGGCUGAGGUCAGGAAAUGAAUCAUAGAUUCUAGAGCUGAAAACUAAAAUAUUAAAGCAUCUAGGAGAAAAUGUAGGAAAAUAUAUUCACAGUCUUGGUUAGGAGAGAUGUCUUAGAGUAAGAUACCUUAACAGUAAAAGAAAAAUAAAGAAAUUAAAUUUCAUCAAAAUUAAAAGCUUCUGCUCAUCAAAAAUCACCAUUAGAAAGUAAAAAGGCAAGGCCUUUCUCUUUCCGCCAUCUUGGAACCUUUGGAGGCCUGCUGGGAACAGGACUCCUGAAAUGACAAAUAUGUCGGGAAGACUGUGGUCCAAAGCCAUUUUUGCUGGCUAUAAGCAGGGUCUCCAGAACCAGAGGGAGCAUACAGCUCUUCUUAAAACUGAAGGUGUUUAUGCUCAGAAUGAAACUGAAUUCUAUCUAGGCAAGAGAUGUGCUUAUAUGUACAAAGCAAAGAACAACACAGUGACUCCUGGUGGCAAACUGAAUAAAACCAGAGCAAUCUGGGGAAAAGUAACUUGUGCUCAUGGAAACAAUGGCAUGGUUCGUGCCAAAUUCCGAAGCAACCUUCCUGCUAAAGCCAUUGGCCACAGAAUCCUUGUGAUGCUGUAUCCCUCAAGGAUUUAAACUAACUGAAAAGUAAAUAAAUAAAGGUGUAGAUUUGUAAAAAAUAAAAAAUGAAA